AAUAAAGAGAAGGAUUGGAGUGCUUGAGAGUGGAAGAUAGAGUGGGAAAAGGAAAAGGAAAAGGAAGGGUUUUUCCCGCAACCGGUUCAUCGCUUUCUCUCUUCUUCUUCUUCUUCUCUCUCUCUCCCUCGUCGAGAGAGAAACCCAUAAAAACCAAAAACCUUCAAUCACUUCCCUUCUUUCAAAAAUCUCAAUCCCUAUCCAAUCCAAUCCCUCUCAAUCUUCUUCUUCUUUUUCCCACCCUUUUCUUCUUCGUUUUUGCGGCGGCGUUUUCCUCCUUCGCCCAUAGAUCGAGUUAUGCAGAAAGGUGAUCAAACUGUUCUAAGCUUGAGACCUGGUGGCGGUCGUCCUAGACUCCUUGGUCCUCGCUUUGACCUUUCAUCUUCAUCUUCUUCUUCAUCCUCUUCAUCUUCUUUUGCUUUCGGUUCUUUUUCCUCUGAUCUCCCUACCCUUCGUCCCCAUGCCGCUUCUUCCGCUUCUUUUUCUGUAAAGGGUGGAGAUUCACGGUUUGAGGGUCGUGAGCGUGUUCGAUAUACCCGAGAUCAGCUUUUGCAGCUUCGGGAGGGUGUGGAAGUUCCAGAUGAUAUACUAAAAAUUAAACGGGAAAUUGAUGUGGAAAUUUUUGGCGAGGAACAAAGUUGGAGUCGUGGAGAGAGCAAUCAACUCAAUCAAUCUCAGAAUCGGUAUUCUGAGCCUGAUAAUCGUGACUGGCGUGGGCGCUCUGCCCAAUUCCCUGCGUCCGGAGAGGAGAGGUCCAGGGAAACAAAUCGAGACAGAGAUUUUGGUGGUCAUUUUGACUCUAGACAGCAAGAUGCAAACAACUUGAAUCGUCAAGAUUCUCACUCAUCUUGGACCCGAACCACUUCUAACCAAGGGGGAGCACCUCCUGCAUUAAUUAAAGCUGAGGUACCAUGGUCAGCUAGGAGAGGAAAUCUCUCUGAUAAGGAUCGUGUCUUGAAGACUGUAAAGGGGAUAUUGAACAAGUUAACACCAGAAAAGUUCGAUCUCCUCAAGGGUCAGCUAAUUGACUCUGGAAUCACCUCCGCUGAUAUUUUGAAGGAUGUCAUUUCACUCAUUUUUGACAAGGCUGUUCUUGAGCCCACAUUUUGCCCCAUGUAUGCUCAAUUGUGUUCCGAUCUGAAUCAGAAGCUACCUCAAUUUCCAUCUGAUGAACCUGGUGGCAGGGAAAUUACUUUUAAACGAGUCCUCCUAAAUAUCUGUCAGGAGGCUUUUGAAGGUGCAGACAAGUUGAGGGAAGAGGUUAGGCAGAUGACUGCCCCUGAGCAAGAGAGUGAGCGCAGAGAUAAAGACAGACUUGUGAAACUUCGUACUCUUGGAAAUAUUCGUUUGAUUGGAGAGCUUCUAAAGCAAAAGAUGGUGCCUGAGAAGAUUGUUCACCACAUUGUCCAGGAACUUCUAGGACCAGAUAACAAAACCUGUCCUGCCGAAGAAAAUGUCGAGGCAAUUUGUCAAUUCUUUAACACCAUAGGUAAGCAGCUAGACGAGAACACUAAAUCACGACGUAUUAAUGACAUGUACUUUGGCCGAUUGAAAGAACUGACCACACACACUCAGUUGGCCCCACGAUUGAAGUUCAUGGUCCGUGAUGUUCUUGAUCUGCGUGCUAACAAUUGGGUUCCUAGGCGUGAGGAGGUUAAAGCCAAAACUAUAACUGAAAUACAUUCAGAGGCAGAAAAGAAUCUGGGACUACGCCCUGGUGCUACUGUUAAUAUCAGAAAUAGUCGUGUUGCAUCUGGUUCUGCCGGCAACACUAGCCCUGGAGGCUUUCCUAUCAAUCGACCUGGUUUUGGGGGCAUGAUGCCUGGGAUGCCAGGAACGAGGAAGAUGCCUGGUAUGCCAGGUAUGGAUAAUGACAAUUGGGAGGUACCUAGGGCUCGUUCUAUAACAAGGGGGGCAGAUGGAUCUGGUAUCCAGUCUGCUGGACGUGGUCAACCGUUGGUUGGCAAAGCACCAACAUUAAAUGCAAGGCUACUGCCCCAAGGUACCGGUGGGCUCAUUAGUCAUAAGACUAGUGCUCUAUUGCAAGGUCAGGGUGCAGGUGGAUCUACUACUCGUCCUGUUAACUUUGGGCAUGGAUUAGAGCCUUCUGGUCAGGUUCAUAAACCUGUUACAGCACCGACAGUUCUUUCACCGGCCGAGAGACAACAGGCUCCAGUCACAUCUUUAAAACAAGAUGAACUCAAAAAGAAAACUCUCUCCCUUCUUGAAGAAUACUUCAGUAUCCGGCUUCUGGAUGAAGCUUUACAGUGCGUGGAAGAACUCAUGUCACCGGCUUACCACCCUGAGGUAGUAAAAGAAGCCAUUUCCUUGGCUCUAGAGAAAAGCCCACCCUGUGUUGAAGCAGUUGUAAAGGUUCUUGACUAUUUAUUCUCCAAGAAGGUCUUUACAACCGGUGAUAUUGAAACUGGAUGUUUGGGAUAUGCGUCUAUGCUCCAUGACGCAGGUAUUGAUUUGCCAAAAGCGCCCAUCAAUUUUGGUGAGAUAAUUGGGAAACUUGUUCUAUCCCGGUGUUUAGAUUUUCAGGUGGUGAAAGAAGCCAUUAAGAAGGUGGAAGAUGACAGGUUCAGGAAAGAUGUAUUUGAUGCUGUCUUGCAAACUAUCCGCUCUAAUAUGUCUGGGCAAGGAUUAUUGGAUUCAUUGGCAUCGGAUAUCGAGGAAUGUCGAAGUCUGGCAUAUUAAGAAGGCAAGUCUUAUUUGCUUCAAGUUGUUCUAGUUACAGGCAUCAGAUGAAACUUGUCGCACUUAGUUUUGUUGCAGCGUGCUCCGUUUCGUUUGCCUUCAUCACAUGACCACACAUGUAUUUUUCAUUAUCUGAUAAGGUGCCUACAAAGAACAGGUAAUUUUAAUUGAGUUGUAUAUUUUUUUCUUUUUUGUUUCCGGAGUCUGUAGCAUGUUUAUUGAGAGUGAAAAUCAAACCCCAUAAUGCCAUGGAUUUUGCUCUCUCAAACAUGGCUAAAUCAUAUGGCUGAAUAACUCAAAGAGUGUUCCCUUCAAGGGAUCCUGUUAUUUUUAUAUAUAUAUUUUUUUAAGAAAA